GUGCUAUAUCCCCCUGCGGCUCCACCAUGGUUUACAUCAAGAAAUGGGCCGAAUUCCAGGCCCAGUCCAUCGCGCUGUACGAGGCCUCGCCGGCGCGGACUCGAUAUGUGAUUCGGGUUCGCCCAUCUGACGAGUGGCUCGUCCUGAAAGUGACCGAUGACGUUAAGACGCUCAAAUUCAAAACACGCUCCUCGAUCAUCCUCAAUCGCUUCGAAAUUUUCAACCGCGACAUGAUGGCCGCCAUCGUCGGCGCCGAGCUUCCCUCGCGAAUCGCUGCGCAAAAGCAGAAGGAGCAGGAACUGGCUGCUGCGGCAGAGGAGGCAGCAAAAAGGGCAGUGACAGCUGCGGGGGCGGCAACGGUAGCGGUAAAAGAGGCCUCCGGCCAAGCAGCAGCUGGGUCAGGAGGACAGGGUGCAAAUACAGGAGGUGGAGCAGGGGGCGGCGGAGGCGGAGGCGGGAAGAAGAAGAAGAAGAAGGGGAAAAAGUGAGAGAGUAUGAGCAGGACUGGGUUCCUACUCUGUAUGGCACGAGUUCGAAG